CCAGUAUUUUGCUGUUGUACUGAGUCAAGAGCUGCACCAACAUUCAUAUGACAAAACUUCAAUCCCUCAUUUCAAAAUGGGAAAACAAAAAGCACUGAUCAGAAAAAUUGAAGAUUCAUUCAGAAUAAGAAAUCUGUUGGUAAGAGAAUGUCUUGCUGAAUGUUUAGGAACAUUAAUUCUUGUGUUGUUUGGCUGUGGAGCAUUGGCACAAGUUACUCUCAGCAGAGGUACACAUGGAAUGUUUUUGACUGUUAAUUUUGCUUUUGGAUUUGCAGUGAUGCUCGGUGUACUAAUAGCUGGCCAAGUGUCAGGAGCUCACCUGAAUCCUGCCGUGACAUUUGCCAUGUGUUUACUUGCUCGUGAGCCCUGGAUAAAAUUUCCCCUCUACUCUUUGGCACAAAUAUUAGGUGGUUUCCUUGGAUCUGGUGUCAUUUUUGGUUUGUAUUUUGAUGCCAUGUGGGGUUUUAGUGGCCAAAACAAACUCUUAGUACAUGGCCCCAAUGCGACUGCUGGUAUAUUUGCUACAUACCCAUCUGUGCACUUAACACCAGUAAAUGGCUUUUUUGAUCAGCUGAUUGGGACGACCGCUCUCAUAAUUUGCAUCCUUGCGAUUGUGGAUAAACUCAAUAACCCAGUGCCAAAGGGACUGGAGGCAUUUACCAUUGGCUUUGCCGUGCUGGUAAUUGGCCUGUCAAUGGGUUUCAACUCUGGGUACGCUGUGAACCCUGCCAGAGACUUUGGACCUCGCUUGUUUACAGCAUUGGCUGGCUGGGGAGCUGAGGUUUUCAUUGCUGGAAACUACUGGUUUUGGAUUCCCAUUUUUGCCCCACUCCUUGGUUCUGUAUUUGGUAUUCUGGUAUAUCAGCUAAUGAUUGGAAUACACCUCGAUCCCAUAAACUGCAGUUCACCCUCUGGAGAAGAAAAUGUAAAACUGGCUAAUGUAAAAUUAAGAGAAAGUUCCUAAUACAUUAUGGAUCAUGGUCAGAAGAUUGUCAAAUUAGUAUUUACGAUAUCCCAUGCAUUUUCUCAUAGUAUAACGUCACAUGAGGGGACAUGUUUAAAUAAAUUUUUACUCGAUGUA